CCUGUCCUGUCAUUGGCCCGGAUUAGUCAGAUAGCUGCUACCCAUAUCAUAAUUGACACUGCUGUUUACGAAAUAAUCGCAAUGGAGUCAUCUAGCAAUAACAACUACGCCUUCGUUAUAGCCCAGGCAAUGUCGAUGGUGCUUGGUGUGAGCAUGGAUGAGAUCGACCAUGCUGCAGACACAACCACUUUUGUCAAGCUAGGUGGCGAUUCAUUGUCUGCCAUCCUCAUCUCAGCAGAAUGUCAGAAAAGAGGACUUUUGAUCUCUGCCAGCAUUCUGUUGCGGACAUUAGCAGUGAGAGAAGUUAUAAGAAAAGCUGCGAAUUCGGCGCGGGCUCUGACAAUGCAUUCACCCAUACCACCCAAGUCUCCCCGUCCGCCUUCGCUUCCACUUCUCUCGAAGGCUGGUAUGGUCGCCGCCAGUACAGCAGUCCCAGCUGUAAUAGACGCCAGCCUCGAUGAAUCGUCGUAUAUACGUACCACAGUAGCGAAACCAGACCCAGAAGCUGGAAACGCAUCUUCGUUCUAUGGCGGACAAGCUAUCAUAUCUGCGAAGAGAGUUUUAGACAACAUGACCACAACCGAAUGGACGGAGCCGCAACUCCUUCUACUCCACGAGACUUCUUACAAUCCAAAGCUGAACAUAGUGACCUUACACGAAUCCUAUGAAGACUUCUGGGACGUACAAGAUGUUUACAACUCGUGGAUGAAUACAAUUCUAGCGGAGCCAAUAUUCAAAGAUCUCCUUCAUGAUUUAGAAAUAUCGCCGCAGCAACUUCUGCUUCCAAACACAAUUCAAGUCAGAACCUAUGACGAGUAUCAGAGAGAAUUCGCCAAUGCAGUUGAUGUGAAUGGUCCUAUAUCAAAAUUCACAGUCAUACACUUGUCUCAGCCUUCGCAAUCGAAGGAGAUAACGAAACCCACAGUUGCUGUCUGGCGUAUACACCAUGCAUUCAUGGACGGCUACUCCGCUCGGAUUCUGCGUGAUAAGAUUGGACGCACCCUGCGAGGAGAAACUGGCGUUGGUGCAGGGCCGUCGUUCAAGGAAACAGUGCGCUCUUUGCGAAUGUUACGAGACGAGAGAAGAGAAUUGACGCGAUGCUUCUGGGAUAGGAAACGCGAGCAGUUUCCUGCUGCGAUCGGAGAGCUGCACCUGAGUCCCCAAAGGGCAGCCAAAGCGAGAAAAGUAUCCCCUCAGGGAUUGAUCACAAUCCAAUUUCCUGAUGGGCAACUGGCAGCGGCUAGGGCAAGAACGGGGUAUACCACAACGGUGUACUUUGCUGCGGCAUGGGCUCUGACCCUUAGCAAGUUUAUGGAUUCUGACCAGAUCUACUUCGGCAUGGUUCUCUCAGGACGCGACUUGCCCAUUCCGGGAGCCUUCGAUGUUGUUGGACCCCUGAUAAAUAUAUUGCCGCUAUUCGUCACAGUGCCAGUCAAUGGCGAUAAAAUCUCCGUCGAAACGUUUUUACGGAGGAUUCACGAUGGCAUCCUCGAGUUGAACGACGUUCAACAUUCAGAGGCUACCGAGGGAUUCGACAGGCGGUUCGACUCUAUUAUGGCCACACAGCUCGAGUAUGACAAGGGAGAAGUACAGCCAAUACCAAUGCAAGAAGAUAGAGCUGGUCUUGAUAUUCAGUCCGGAGUUCCAAUGAAUCUCAUCAUCGAGGGGCAAUCUCGGUUACAGUUAUCCUAUUCAACUGCUCGUUAUGCGGAAGAGGACAUUGAAAACGUGCGGUCCGUGUUUCAAAGGAGUAUGGACUGCCUUCUGCGAAGCGGCGACGAAAACCGAUUGGUGUCAAGCAUACAGAAGGCUCUACUACCACAGGAGAUGGAAGCGAAAAUCAGGCAGUGGAGCAAUUGUACUUCCACCGAGACUUUGGACGAUGCCAAAGGGGAUGACUUAGUGACAUUGUUUGAAAGCAUCGUGGUUAGACAUCCUAAGGACGUAGCAAUCAUCCAUGGUGAACGCGGGAAGGUCUUCUAUGACGACUUGGAUCAGGCGGCGGGUAUCGUUGCGCGUGAAUUGAGCUGGAUCAAGCCCAAUGAGGCUGUUUGUGUUUACGCGGACCGAUCCGUGAACUGGAUUGCUGCGAUCUUUGGUGUGCUCAAGGCGGGUGGCGUUUACGCCCCAAUUGAUCCCUCAUCGCCGGUGUCCGUGCAGCUCGCCAAUUUCCUACGCAGCGGCGCAAGCGCUGUGCUAAUUCCCUCAUCUACUGCUACUACAGCUCAGCGCUUCUGUUCACCACGGCAGGAACAAGACAAUGCAGCUUCGUUUCAAUGCCGCGUUAUAUCCGUUGAUGAUCUUCUCGCGGAAGCCGACGCCCAGAUACGUGAUAGCUCGGCCCUUUAUCCAAGAAGACGCACCGCUCGCCCAGAUGAUCUUGCCUACAUCUGCUUCACCUCUGGUUCAACUGGACAGCCCAAGGCCGUACAAUGUACGCACAAAGGCCUGGUGGCUUUCCAGAAAGACCAUGUGGUUCGCCUGGCUGCUUCCAGAAGCAUCGUCAUCGCCCAAGUGAUGUCUCCUGUCUUCGAUGGCAGCAUUCACGAAAUCUUCUCUGCCUUGACACAUGGCGCCACUUUGCGGUUGGCGUCGCCUGAUGACCAAGACGGUCCAUUUUCGCAUUUGACGGAUAGUGAUUCUGCUAUUCUGACCCCCUCCAUCGCGAAAGUGCUGGAUCCUGACCAAUAUCCCCGACUAAGAAACGUUUACCUGGUCGGCGAAGCCGUUCCUCAAUCCGUUUGCGACACGUGGGCGAGGAAUCGCUCUCUAUAUAACAUGUACGGCCCAACUGAAACUACCUGUGGUACAACGAUAAAAAGGCUCCUGCCGAACGAGGCUGUCACUCUUGGACGACCGAAUUCGUCAAGCAGAGUGUAUAUCCUCGAUCGUAAUAAUGAUCUACUCCCACCUGGCGCGGUUGGCGAAUUGCAUAUUGCAGGAAUACAGGUAUCACGUGGAUACAUCGGCAUGCCUGAGCUGAACACGAAGCACUUCCUGGACGACCCGGUGGUUCCUGGAGCCAGCCAGAAGAUGUACAAGACUGGUGACUAUGCAUAUUGGGAUGGCGUGACCGGAGAGAUUCACAUACUCGGACGCAAAGAUCGGCAGAUUAAACUACAUGGUUUCAGGCUCGACCUUGAUGAUUUAGAAGUACGAGUUGCAAAGGCGAUUCCUGGAUGUGGAGGUGCUGCCAUCUUCCGUCGCGAUGAUCAUCUAAUAGCCGCAUAUCAAACUUCUUCAGCCAGCCCAAUCAGCGCAUUGGAUGCAAAGGCACUCAUCGGUAACGCGCUGCCCCCAUACGCUAUGCCACGAAGGAUUUUCGCCUUAGAGAGAUUUCCUUUGACCGUCGCAGGCAAGCUUGAUUACAAGGCGCUUGAAAAAAUGGCUGACAUGAGCGCCGAAAACCCAGCGAUAGAUUCACAGUCUCAGAAGAGUGUCGUGAGCGCGACUGAGAAAUUAGUUUUAGACGCUGUGCGGGACUUGAUGAAGCUCGACCCAAGCAUACCCCUAGACCGCAGCUCAAAUCUCACAGCUCUCGGCAGUCAUUCUAUCGUUCAACUACAAUUGGCAAGUCGAAUUUCUUCCUCCAUUCAGCGACGGUUUACAGUCAAGGACGUCAUAGAAAAUCCUGUGGUAUCACGUCUAGCAUCUACGAUUGAUGCAAUGAAAGAAAGUGAGGUAGCUGACGUUGCCAUGCGGAGGCCCCUUAAUCGAAAUGGUGCAAGAGCUCUUGGGGACAGUCGAAUAUCGCCCAUCGAACUCGACUGGCUUUUGAAGUAUGAGCGAAAUCUUGGGACUUCUUCAUUCAACGUCUCACACGUCUCUAAGUUAGACGCGACCUUUGAUCAACACCUAGCACUAGUAUCAGCUUGGAACACCGUCUUAGCUAGACAUGCAAUCUUGCGCUGCAGAUUUCGACGAUCAGCAACGGAUGGUAGUGCGGAAAGAUCUUACGCUACCGAGCCUCCUAGAGCCUUAUAUGUGGAAGAUUUUGACGUCCGAGCUGCUAUCAAUGCAGAAUUCUCUCUCGAGUUGGAAGACCCGAUCCGAGUGCUCGUCUCAAAACGUUACAUGAUGGUUUGCGUGAGCCAUAUUAUAUGCGACUAUACAACCCUUACUCAGCUUUUCGAGGAGUUCACUGCCGUAUAUCUUAAUACCAACCAUCAAGAAUCGUCAACGGUGUCUCCCAGGAAACGAUACCAGGAUACGACAUGUUGGAAUCUCGACGUCGAUCAGGCCACUGCUGACUUUUGGAAAUCGUACCUAUCUGGCAAGGACCUUGUGAAGAUGCCGCCGUACAUGAAAAUGUCUCGCACUUCGUAUCAUGGCAACUCCAUACUGUUCCGACUCUCGAGGGGUACAAUGUCAACCCUUGAGACACUCUCGCGAUCACCAGGUCUUACGCUACAUCAGAUUGGACUGGCGAUCGUGUCCCUAGUUCUCCAGGCUGAUAGCCCAACAAAGCAAGAUUUGCUCCUAGGCAGUCCCUAUCUCGGGAGACAGGAAGAAGAUAUGCGUACCAUUGGUCUCUUUUUACAGCCACUCCCAAUUCGAAUCCCGAGACGGCUGGACCGACGAGGAGAUAGCUUGAAAGAGCCCUCCCUGGAAACUUUCCUUCGGGCUGUACAGGAAUCCUCAAGGUCCGCUCUCAGCCAUAGCAUCGAGUGGAAUUCUCUAAUGAAGAUUCUUUCCUCUUCGGAUGACGAGGAAUGGCGUGCAGCCGCAACCACCGCGGCUCCAAACCACCCGCUAUUCGAUGCUGUGGUCACCUUCCACGAGCUUAGCGCUACUGAACCGUCGUCUUCAAUAAAUACCUUUAUUCCUGGAAUCCAACCGUUGGUUUCUUGGGCUGAGGGCGCUAAGUUCGGUAUCAUGUUCGAGUUCUCAGCCAUCAGCUCAUCUUCGGUAACGCUCCGCAUUGAGUACGAUACAUCCAUAUUCUCGAUGGAUGAGGUACGGCUGUUCGCUGCACGGAUUGACGCAGGCCUUAAACUUAUGCGUCAGAAGCCAUCAUCAAUUAAACUUGCAGAAAUAGAACGCGGGUUACUGGGUAUUAGUGGUGGAACCCCUGAUGGAAUCGAGACCGUGGAGUUUGGGACUGGCUUAGCAGAUUUAUCAUAGGAACGAAUAAAAGGGGGGCACUUAGCCUUGACUAAAACACCACGCUUACAGAUUCAAAACCACCAUUCCCACUUGAGUUAAAACUUGCAUAAUGACAUAUCAUCUCCUAGUUUCCGAGAAAUAUUUCGGUGUUUUUCAUGAUUUGGACAAAUAUCAUGUUCAUCUUCAGUGAUGUCUACGUAGGUACAAAAGGCAAUUGAUAUACGAUAUGGUAGUACUAAGGCUGUAGGGCUGAAUUAAGGGACUCGUAAAAGGGACCUAGGUAGGCAGGCAGGGUACC